CCCAACCCCGGCCGCGCCGCGAUAUUUUAUCUCAGUCUCCACCAAGUUAUGACUCAAGACCUCACCAGACAACAGAACCCGUCUCGGUGUUGCGAAUGGUUUCUGGGUGCAGACUGUAUCAGGUUGCUGCACUCUCUCGCUGUCUCUGUGUUGCUCUAAUGCGUAAAGAUCUGCGAGGAUUUAUUCAGACGGAGUCAAGAACGCAACGUGGACGCGUGCCUUAGCCAAAAUGCAUCUGUGCUUUUCUAAUGAUAUCGUACCAUAGAUGACAUGCCUGCAUACGGACGCGUUUGAAACUAAUUCCAGGAUUAUAAUUACUUCAAGCCAAGCUUUGUAUAACUCAGUAUCCAACUUUUCUCCGAACCAACAGGUGCGCACUUGCAUUACGCAGAAGCGGCACGGUCUGCAAGCUUUGGAUGAGGAUUUGUCUUGAUUUAGGGAGAUAUACAUUUCACUUUUUCCAGAAGGACUGAUGAUUAAGAUUAUGUGGAUUCUACUCUGCCUGUAUCCUCUCCAAAUGUGUCCAAAACAGCACUGGUGUCCUGUAAACGACGCAUGCAUGUUGUGAUACAAACCAUCCCGUCAACAGCGCUUUGUGAUUGCCAACCACCACUCAUCCAAAUGAUCCUUCCAUUAAUAUUCCUUCUUGCAUCGCUUCUCCAACAAUAUGGCUCGGAAGCUGAAUCAAGUCAUGUCAGCAAAUUUCACCCUCCAAGUGUAAAGGAGCAAAACGGAGUGCAAGAUUCCCAUCAGGAGAAGAUCAUAACAGUGUCUGGAGAGGGAAUGGUCCACAGCCCAGACUUCCCACACACUUAUCCCAGGAAUACCGCGUUGGUCUGGAGACUAGUGGCGACCAAUAACCUGAGGAUCCAGCUCACUUUUGAUGACAGGUUUGGUCUAGAGGACCCCGAAGAUGGCAUAUGCAAAUACGACUUUGUGGAGAUAGAGGAUCCGACUGAGAAGACCAUCCUGGGUCGCUGGUGUGGGUCACAGUCGGCACCAGCUAGUCACACUUCCAAAGGCAGUCAGAUCAGGAUCCGCUUCAUCUCUGAUGAGUACUUCCCCACUGAGCCGGGAUUCUGCGUCCGCUACUCCCUUCUGCCUGUGAGUGUAUCAGAACCCGAAGUCCCUGUGGUUCUCCCUGCACCCCAGCAGGGUAUUGAAGAGUUGUCAGAGGCUGUGGCAGGGCUGGGCACCAUGGAGGAGGUCAUGCAGUACCUGGAGCCGGAGCGAUGGCAACUGGAUAUGGAGGAGUUGUACAAACCUACAUGGCAUGUGCUGGGGAAAACCUUCAUCCAUAAUAAGAAGGCCAGAGGAGGAGUUGAUCUCAAUCUGUUGAGGGAGGACGUUCGACUGUACAGCUGCACUCCACGCAACUUCUCUGUAUCCUUGCGUGAGGAGCUGAAGAGGACAGAUGCCAUUUUCUGGCCAAGCUGCCUCCUGGUGAAGCGCUGUGGUGGAAACUGUGCCUGCUGCUCUCACCGCUGCUAUGACUGCCAGUGUGUUCCCACCAGGGUCACCAAGAAAUACCAUGAGGUUCUACUGUUGAAACACCAAAGCGGUGUCAGAGGCCUGCAGAAGUCUAUGACUGAUGUGCCCUUGGAGCACCACGAGGAGUGUGCCUGUGUGUGUAAAGAUGACGGGGACUAACCUCAGAUAUGUGUAAUAGCUGCCACUGGAGUCACACAGGACAUUAGAAAUGAACCUCUGCUGCUGUUGCAACAUUCUGUAUCUCAUCCACUUCCACUGGGAGCUAACAAGAUUGUCCCUUUAUUCUGUUGUCCUUUCGCUAAUUGGAUGAAGCGGAACAGACUGGAAUCUAAUAACUCUUCUGAAUGGAUUCAAACUGCUGUGGAAUACCAAUAGUGUGCUCUGAGCGCAUUUAGAGAGACAAAAAUUCACUGGAGCAGAUCUGAACUAUUAUUGCUCUGAAGACUAUUUUUUUCAGCUCAGAUAAGAACAUUGAGGUGUUUUUGCCUCUUCUUGAGCUCUCUUUUAUAGUUCAGCCAGCGUGGGCUGAGAAUGUCAUGGAAAAUGGGAGCUUCUUUGUUCAAGUACUUUUUUAUGUCAAUAAGUAAGCUGGCUACAGCUGCAUUAUUCCCUCUGCUCUUCUAUUAUUACCUUCAAGGCAAAGAAAGGUGCUUUCUCAUGAGCAGUUUUCCUUUGCUCCCCUUUUGUUUCACCACAUAUUUAAUCUGCAGCCAUGGUAUCGCUGAAAUGCCUUGCUAAUAAGACUGUAUUAUGUGUAAAUAUUUAAUUUACAUUUCCUUUCUGUACUACCGUACCUUUUCUACCAAAGAUUCUCAAGGAGAAGAUAAAAGUUGCACAUGUAGAAUCAAUUGGGUGUUGUUCAUUACAACUCUUCAUUCAACCGAUCUCAGCAAUCUCAAAUCUGCUAGCUUCAGGAAGGCCUAGCGUCAAGCCAUUCUUGCUGCAUUUGAGAAUAUUCAUAUUUGAUAUUUAUUUGUUUUAAAGAAAGGGAAAUUUACAUCCAAAAUGUCUUGUUUGCUACAUGUGUCACUGUACAGUAGUAUUGGCCUCCAGUUUUCAUUCUAAGUCAUUUUACAUUGCCAUUGUGUCAUGAAUGUUUUUCAUUUUCUGUAUGCCAAAGUUAUUUAUCUCUUUUGCAAUAACUGUUUGUGUAUUUCAUUGUA